UUUUUUUAUUCAUCAAUGAACACACGUGCAAAUAUCAUUGCUUUCAAAACAUGAAUCUCACCAGCAACCUGUUUUCUUUCUCCAUUUCAAAUCGGUCAUUUCUUUCUAAACCCAUAAUUUUUUCUCAUCGAAACCACUUCAAUACAGAUUCAAAUUAAUUGUUGGCAAUUGUAAUUAGUACAAUUUUGUGAUUAAAUCAAUUCCAUCUGACGGCGACUACGACGACGGCUCCACAUUUAUUUCAUUCAAUCCGAUGCAGAUAGUGUUCAUAGUGUAGAAUCGUUCGAGGAGAGUUCGAUUGGAGAAAGUGGAAAAGACUGAGUAGUAAUAAGGUCACACACAACAAGAAAAAAAAAACUAUUUUUGAUAUAGUGAUAAAAAGUUUUUGGUUGGUUUCAGUGAAAAUCGAUUUUUCAAAGGUCAAUCUCAAAAACAGACCGAUAGAAAGCAAAAAAAAAAAUGCGAAAAGAUAGCAACAGAAUGAUAUUGUAAUAACGGAAGCUCGUUACGAAAUAUCAGACGUCUGUUUGCAAUUUUACUGCCAUUUAUUUUGCAGUCAGUGUUGGUUUUUCUUUUCCAUUCAUCUGAUCUGAACUGAGUGCGGCACAAUUAAAACAUAUUUGCAUUUAUCACGCCACACAAAACAAAUGUUUAUGAAACAUAAAUAUUUCAAAGUGAAAAGUAUUUUAACACACGUUUAACGUUUGCAUUUUAGUUGUUUUAUCUUCCACCGAGAAUUCUCACUCUCUUUUUGUGCGGUGAUAAACGACUACUAGAUCCAACAUGUCUUCGAAUCAAUUCGACAAACAGAACAAAGUAUCGCGAUGGUAUUUUGGAGGCUUAGCAAGCAGUGGUGCGGCGUGUUUCACGCAUCCAUUGGAUUUGUUAAAAGUUACGCUACAAACACAGCAAGAAGCUAAGAUGACGAUAUUCCAAUUGACGGGUAAAAUCGUUCGAGAACGUGGAAUUUUUGCUCUCUACAACGGACUAUCCGCAUCGUUAUUGCGACAAGUUACCUACUCAACGACACGUUUUGGUCUAUAUGAAAUGGGAAAACAGGAGUACGGCAAUAGUUUCAUGGGAAAAGUGAUGUUGGCCGGAAUUUCAGGUGCUGCUGGAGGUUUCGUUGGGACACCAGGUGAUAUGAUAAAUGUUCGUAUGCAAAACGAUGUCAAACUAGCACCGGAACAAAGAAGAAAUUAUAAAAAUGCCAUAGACGGUUUGCUGCGUGUGAAUCGUGAGGAGGGAUUCCGGCGCCUGUUUUCAGGCGCAACAACCGCAACGGGCCGAGGUUUAAUGAUGAAUAUCGGACAAAUUGCCUUCUAUGAUCAAGUAAAGACAAUACUUUUGACAACGGGUUACUUUAAGGAUGAUCCACGGUUACAUUUCCUAUCGUCGCUGGCAGCUGGUGGUAUUGCAACCGCACUAACACAACCAUUGGAUGUGAUCAAGACACGCAGUAUGAAUGCAAAGCCUGGUGAAUUUAACGGUUUGCUCGGCAUUAUUGCGCACACCGCUAAACUCGGACCGAUGGGCUUCUUCAAGGGUUUCGUACCAGCAUUUGUGCGCCUUGCUCCGCACACAGUUUUACUAUUUAUUAUAUUGGAACAAUUGCGGUUAAAUUUCGGUACCUAUCCAUCCAUUCCAAAUGUAACCACUCAAAAACUUCAAGCAUGAUCAAUACAAUAUGACGGUGAUGAAUGAAACGCUGAACAAUAAUAUUUUUUAAAUGAUGAUAAUGAUAAACAAAGGGAUAAAAUAAUGAUGAAGAUAUGAUAAUAAUAAAAAUAACUUUUUUUUGCUCCUCGGUGCUUGUGUGUACAUAAUAUAUCUGUGUAAAUAUGUGUUUUUAAACGAACAUUUUAAAUUGUUCACAAUUGUUAAAUGUAAUAAUGCUCUUUUUCUUUUGAUUUGAGGAAGAUAUUGAGCUUGAUUGUUGAGAAUGUUUGCAGUUACUCGUUUACUUUAUAAUUUUUGUUGUUGUAUGAAAGUUAUAUCUAUUUACUCUUAUAUGUAUUCAAGAUUGAAAAAAGAAAAGAAAAGAAAUAAGCUAAACAAAGAUUUUCUUUGUUGUAUUACAAUAAAAAUACUUGAUGUAUUUAUUUUAAAGCCUAAUGAAAGAUAGAAAAAAAAACACCGCAGAAACAGAAUUCAAAUAUGAAACUAAAUAAAGAAGAAUGAAUUUAACGAAAAUGGAA